AGUACUCUGAGUCAUUCAAGCAGUUGUCCACUCCUUGUGUCACCGUCCUACUUGGAAUCUGUGGUGAAGCAGUCAAAUCACUUUAAAGAUGGCACCUAAGAAGGACGUUAAGGCUCCAGCCAAGCCAGCGGCUAAGGCGGCCGCGCCAGCAGCUAAGGCGGCCGCGCCAGCGCCCGCACCUGAACCUGAGCCUGUACCUGUAGCCGUCGUUCCCGCUGUCGACCUCGCUGCUGUCAAGGUGGAUUUCACCCCAGACCAGCUUGAGGACUACAGAGAGGCCUUUGGACUCUUCGACAAAGUGGGUGAUAACAAGGUGGCCUACAACCAGAUCGCCGACAUCAUGCGUGCUCUGGGACAGAACCCCACCAACAAGGAGGUCAAGCUCCUUCUCGGCAACCCCACCCCAGAAGACAUGAUCGCCAAGAGAGUGGACUUUGAGACUUUCCUGCCGAUGCUGCAGACAGUGGUCAACAACCCCAACAAGGCCGUCUUUGAGGACUACGUUGAGGGUCUGCGCGUCUUUGACAAGGAAGGCAACGGCACAGUGAUGGGUGCUGAGCUGCGUAUUGUUCUGGCAACGAUGGGUGAGAAGAUGAGUGAGAUGGAGGUUGAUGCUCUCUUGGCAGGACAGGAGGAUGAGAAUGGCUGUGUCAAUUAUGAGGCUUUCGUCAAGCACAUCAUGUCUGUGUAAGAUCCCUCAUAUUCACAUGGUGAGGAGGCUGAAGUAUUUCUGCUGACCCCAUGGUGUCAGGACAUCCAUCCACUGUUUCCAUCUCCACCUGAGAAACGGAUAAUGAAAAGGACUAUGGGAUGUAAUUCCUACCGUUCUCCCAUUCGGUUUUAUUUUUUCAUUUCGUUUUUCCUUUUUUUCUUUAUUUUAUCCAAUCUUGGACGCCACCCGUUUUUUCCCAGCCGAUGUUUCGUGUUGUGACGCCCCUCCCUCUCUGUCAGGGCAUGUCUCUCGUAGCAGGGCGCUAGUGAGGGGAACAAGGAGUGGUCGGCCGCCUGGAAGGAGCGGUCUGCCAAACCCAUCCAAUCCCCGCGGUCUGAAUUGGUGCUAUAGAAUUAAGGUUCUACUGAUGACCCCACUGUCCUGCAACUAAGGAUGAAAUGAUGAAACAUGCCUCCCUUUCCCCAAAGUCUUAAUUUAUUUUUCACCUCUGUCAUUUCACAUAAUAAACUUUUCACAAAGUA